CUCCACUCUAGUUGGUAUAGUGUCGGGCUCUAGCGCCUUCAACAUUGUCUUUUUGUUGGAUGUCUUAUUCUGCUACCAUCCAAGGAACAGGAGUAGAACCGCGAACGUGCUCUGCCGAUGGUGAGUCGGCCACCCUGUUGAAGGACGCCAUGACCCCCGAAAGUCAGAGCCCAUCGUCGACCGCGGAAGUCCAAGACACCGCAUGCAAAGAUGCUUCGAAUGCCACGGCGGGCACGAUGGGUGAUUUUGCGACUGUGUCCAAGAAAUGUUUUGCGAAAACCUGCUUCGUGCACCCCUUGAUGGUCCUGGUCCAGGUCAUCUUCUCGGGCUAUCACGUCCUCACGUCGAGCGCAUUGAAGACAAAAGGCGUGAAUCCGCUGGUAUUCGCCUUGUACCGCGAGCUGAGUGCAUCCCUUUUGAUGGCCUUGUACGCUUGCGUGGCGGUGUGGAGGGGAAAACACAGAUGGCAGCUGGAAUCAAGGCACAUCCCUCGUUUCCUGGCAUUGGGCCUUUUCUCCGCCGGGAACGUGCUUGGGGCCGUGCAAGCCUUGACCCUAAUAACCCCCACCAACUUUUCCGUCCUCCAACCCUCCAUCCCCGUCUUCACCAUGCUCCUCUCCGUGCUCUUCCGGAUGGAACGCCUCACCCCCUUGAAGGCAUUGGGUCUCUUGGCGGCGGUAGCGGGCGCAGUGGUGGUGGAAGUUGUCCACCCGGCGGGUAUUUCCGGCCAAGAAGGAGGAGAGAGCGAGGGAGGGGAUGGCAGCAGCAGCCGCGCAGAUUUCAUCUCGGGCAAUGUCAUUGUCCUUCUCCAAUGCCUCUCCAUGGCCUCCCUCCUCGUCUUUCAAAAAACGGCGCUCACGCACUACCACCCCACCGUCGUGACCGCCUGGUACUACUCGAUCGGAUCCGUCCUGACCCUCAUCAUUUGCGUGAGUCAGUCCCUCCCUUCCUCCGCCUAUGCCCUGUCUACCUCCCCGGCGCCUUGGCUGGCACUUGCCUACGCCGCCUUGCUGGGCACGGCCUUCAACUACAACGCGUACAGCUGGGCAGGUACCGUUGUGGCUCCCGGCAUCAUCUCCAUCUACUCCACCCUUCAACCUGUGGGGACAGCGCUAUUUAUUUCACCAUCGCCUUCUCCCUGA